AUGAGUGUUGCUAAUAAUAAUUCAUUAGAAUCUUAUGAUUCAAAUCCCAAUCAGAUUCAACAACAAAUUAAUACAAAUCAUACUCAAGAAACAAUGAGUAACAAACGAAACAGUGGUUAUAGUAAUUCAUCUACUGAUAGUGGAGAACCACAACUACGUCCUUUAAGAUUAUCCAAACAAAGAAGAGAUUCUGGCGGUAAUAAUACUAAUAGUAGUACUGGUACUCCUUCUCCCCUUCCAAAAUCCCCAUUGCCUAAAGAUUCAUUCACUGGAAAGAAACAAUUCUUCCAUGAACCAAUGGAUGUUGAUUUCCAACCUCGUCCAAUACGAUUAGGUUCAAGAUCACAUAUUUCUUCACAAUCAGUCAAUAAACCAGCGGCUGCACUGAUAGCUAGAAAACAAUUAUCCGCCAAUCCAGAUAGAAAUUCAACAUCAUCAGAUCCAGUAGGGACAUCCCCUACUUCAGAUCCACUGUUAUCUGAGGAGGAUCUUCGAAAAUCAAGAUCCUGUGAUGUUAACGCUAUCACCGCCUCAACUACAACAUCCACAAUGGAGAAGAGAAAGUCAAUUAAAAUUAAAAUGUUACCAAUUGAACAACAAAAUGCACCUAUCCAUCAGUAUACGCAUGAAGAUACUAUAGAUGAAAGCACCAAAUUAGAUGAUAUGAUAUUUGCCGUUUGUUUAGUUGAUUUCCAUCAUCAAAGAGGUCCAGAAAUUCAAUGGUGGAAAUCAAAUUAUCAUCCUGAUUAUGAUCCAAGUUUAUUUAAAAAUAUCCCAUUUUUAGCAUUACCUGAUGGUUCACAUUUAUUUGAAGAAACAUUUUCAAAUUUUAAUUUAGUUUAUGAUUUUAAACGUAAACGUUCAAUUGAUACUUUAAAAGAUAUGAAUGAAUUUGAUGAUGAUCCAAGAUAUUUGAAAACUUUAUUUGGAUGUAGUUGCGUACAACAAGUACGAACAAGUAUUUUGACAACUGAACAAAGAGAAGAGAAUAAGGAUAUUACUAGACUGAUUGUUCAAAAAGCAAUUGUAAUUAUUGUGAGAAAACAACCAAUUUUCAUUAAAAUAAAGGAGAAAUUAUCAAUUAUAACCAAAAGUUAUUUCCAACAAGAUACUCUUCAUAAUUUUGAAUUAUUAGAAGAUUUGUUUGAUAAUUUAAAUAAUCAAUUUAAAUUAAAAGAUAAUGAAAUGUUACAUGAAUUAAUAAUUGAACAUGAACAAGAAAACUUUAUAAAUUUAAAUUUAAAAUCUUCAAUAUCAAAAUUUAAAUUAAAUUUUAUGAUAAUUUACAAAGCUUUAUUAUUAGAUAAAAAGAUUAUAAUUUAUUCAAAUACUAAUUUACAAUUAUUAACUCAAUUUCAAAAUAAUUUAAUAUCAUUAAUUCCUAAUUUAAUUAAUAAUUUAGAUAAUUCAGGAUGUCCAUUAAUCGAUUAUAUUGAAACUAAUGGUCCAUUAACAAAACCAACCAGUUUAAAUACCGUGAAUAGAUUAUCAAUGUUAAGAUUCUUUGGAUUACCAUUACAAAUUUUCAAUACAAAGAAUUCAUUUUGGAAUCCAUAUUUACCAUUACAACAAUUAGAUGAAUUAUCAGUUGGAAGUUUUAUGAUUGGAUGUUCAAAUUUAUUAAUUGUUAAUCAAGCCAAGAAGUUUGAUGUUGAUAUUUUGAUUGAUUUAGAUACUCAAGAAGUAACAUUCCCCAAAACCAACUAUAAACCAGAAGAAUUAAGAUUAAGCACAUUGGAUAAACGAUUUAUCAAUCAUUUAAUUAAUACCGUCCAAUCUGAACCUAGAAGUAGUGAUAAAUAUAUCGGAAGUGAUGAUUAUAUACGAUAUCAAUUUGAAGAUUAUUUAAAUUCCUUGAUUUCAACCAUGAGAUUUUCACAGUAUGUAGAUAGGUUCCAACUCCCACCACCAGGAUUCACAACUGAAGGAGAUAAACAUAUUGGAAAUACUGUUGAUUUUAAUCCUAAAUUUAUAGAAGCUUGGAAACAAUCGCAAAAUUUCAAAAUUUGGAAUUCAAUGGCUGAUGAUUUCAUAUUUAAUUUCAUUGAUCCAAAACAUGUAUCUAUUGAUAAUAUCCCAGAAGAACCUACUUCAAUCAAUAAAAAUAUCUCCAAUUUUUUCAAUAGUUUUAAAUUCAAAGAAACAAAUUCUUCAUCCACAUCUUCCCUUCAUGAAAUCAAAGCUCAGAAAUUCAUCCCCAAGGAACAAGCCGGGGAUAUGGUUCCAAGCACGCCAACCAAUGCCAACUACAACAACAGCAACACUAAGGAGAAUGAAUCAGAUGAUGGUUUGGAUGAAUUAGUAGCGGGGUUCGAAAGAGUAAGGACUAAUAGUACUACCAAUAGUAUGAGUAAAGAAAGUUCACCCCUGGUUAUAAGGACUCCAACUCCAACUAAAACUGUGGCUAAUAAGAUCUAUAAUUGGGCUUGGGGUCAACCAAAGAGCUAG